CAACUUAUUUAUGAGGAGAGUGCAUUAAUUCCACAUCAGUCUUAAUGAGAGUUUGUAAACUGUUGAAUCACUGGGAAUCAUUAACAUGGUCUUAGAAUUCAAACAUUCAUAUUUCCCUUAAAAACAACAAUUAUAUAUAUAUUUUUUAUUUUAAAUAAGUUGUCUAGUUUUUUUCUUUCUGGUCCAGUCCACUGUUUGUGAAUAUUUUCAGAAUGAGAUUUCAUUUUCAGUUAUUUUUGACAGAGCGUUUCGUGUUCGACGUAAUUUUUUAUGAUAUAAUAUGCUGAUUUGAAACGUGUUUUAGCUUCCUUAAUAGUCAUUCCAAAGUGAUUUCCAAACGAGGUGUGUUCAGUUUGUCUAUAUACAAGUCUAAGUAUAGCAGGGGCCUCAUUUGUUGUUCACCUUUUAGGCUCUUAGAGACGCUGUUGGUCAGCUAAAUAUUUUCUGUGUUCUGUCGUCAUUCAGUCCAUCCCCGAUUGACUACACAGUGAAGAAGGCUCUUUCUGUUUUAUCGAGGUUCAGAGCGAACGUGUUCUCACACACUUGCAUAUAAACGUUGAAGACGUGUCUAGGUGUUACCAGGAAACGGAUUUCACAACCUGAUUUACCGUCAUAUCAGUUGGAUUUUCAUUCUUUGUUGCCACGAUGGCAACACGAGGAUUUCUCACCAGCAUAUCCGCAAGAUGGCUAUUGUUUUAUGGACUGCGACGGCAAAUAGGACUGUUUAUGUUGCUGCUUCAUGUUGUUAACAUGGUAGGUGGUCAGAUUCGUUAUUCUAUACCAGAGGAGAUGAAGAAAGGCUCUGUUAUUGGUAACGUUGCACAAGAUCUUGGUUUGGAUUUGAAAAGGCUUCGUUCUGGGCGGGCCCGUAUCGUGACCGGGGAAAAUAUCCAGUACACCGAGCUGAAGACAGACAAAGGGAUUCUCGUCGUGAAUGAGAGAAUAGACCGAGAGGAGCUUUGUGGAGACGUAACGCCGUGUAGCUUCAGCUUUGAGGUUAUUUUAGAAAAUCCAAUCGAACUGCACAGAAUAACUGUGGAGGUUUUGGAUAUAAAUGAUCACGCUCCCGUCUUCCCAAAUAGAGAUACUCCUAUCCGCCUCGAAAUAAGUGAAUCAGCUGUAGUUGGAGUUCAGUUUCCACUGCAGAAUGCAGAGGAUCUAGAUGUGGGGCAAAAUGCGCUACAAGAUUUUGUUUUAUCACACAACGACAAUUUUAUUUUGAAGCAACAUGCAAAUCCAGAUGGCAGUAAAUAUGUUGAAAUGGUGCUCCAGAAGCCUUUAGAUAGAGAGCGACAUCCACAUUUGUCUUUAAAAUUAAUCGCAGUGGACGGAGGAACUCCACAGAGAUCAGGUACAGUGAAUAUAGAUAUUACCGUGUUAGAUGCCAAUGACAAUGCUCCGGUUUUUAACCAAUCCGUGUAUAAAGCAUCUGUGAUGGAAAACACGAUGAAAGGCACUAGUAUUGUUACAGUAAAUGCCACAGACGCGGAUAGCGGUUCAAAUGGACUUAUUACUUAUAGUUUGUCUAAAAUGAAAGGAAGUGCAGCAAAUAAAUUCAGUAUUGAUGAAAUCACAGGAACAAUUUAUGUGGCUGGUCAAAUAGAUUAUGAAAAGGACAGAAAAUACGAGGUGAGGGUCGAGGCAAAGGAUCGGGGUGGCUUAACUGGGACAAGUAAAGUUAUAUUAGAUGUUUUUGAUAUUAACGACAAUGCCCCAGUUAUAAAUAUUAUGUCAUUUUCUAGCCCCUUGUCUGAAGAUGCACCCCCUGGUACAACAAUUGCUGUUUUGAACAUAAAAGAUGCCGAUUCUGAGAAAAAUGGGCAAAUCAAAUGUUCUAUUGAUGGAAAACUUCCAUUUAAGAUCGAAUCAUCUUUAACAAACUAUUACAAUUUAAUCUCAGAGCAAUAUUUUGAUAGAGAAUCUGUCUCAGAAUAUAACAUAACAAUAACAGCCACGGAUUUGGGGUCUCCCCCUCUUCCCAGUUCAACAAAAUUGCAUCUUAAAAUAUCUGACGUAAACGACAACCCACCAUUGUUUGAUAAAAACAACUAUUCUGCUUAUAUCACAGAGAAUAAUUCCCCCGGAGUUUCCAUAUUUGCUGUUAGUGCGCGAGACUCUGAUUGGAAUCAAAACGCGAGAAUCUCUUAUCUUUUAGAGGAAAUACAAGUCAGUGGUAGUCCAGUUUCUACUUAUGUGUCUUUAAACUCUGAAACUGGAGUCCUUAACGCGGUCCGUUCCUUUGAUUAUGAGCAAAUUAAACGGCUUCAGUUAAUCGUCAAAGCUCAGGAUGGAGGCUCCCCUCCUCUCAGUAGCAAUGUGAGUGUGAAAAUAAUGAUCCAGGACCAGAACGACAACCCCCCUCAGGUUCUGUACCCAGUCCAGACUGGUGGCUCUCUGGUGGCUGAGAUGGUGCCUCGUUCAGCAGAUGUGGGCUAUCUGGUCACUAAAGUGGUGGCUGUUGAUGUGGACUCUGGACAGAAUGCCUGGCUCUCCUAUAAACUGCAGAAAGCCACAGACAGGGCGCUGUUUGAAGUGGGCUUACAGAAUGGAGAAAUAAGAACUAUCCGCCAAGUCACUGAUAAAGAUGCUGUGAAACAAAGACUGACUGUUAUAGUGGAGGACAACGGGCAGCCCUCUCGUUCAGCUACAGUCAUUGUUAACGUGGCGGUGGCGGACAGCUUCCCUGAAGUGCUGUCGGAGUUCACUGACUUUACACACGACAAGGAGUACAAUGACAACCUGACUUUUUACUUAGUGUUGGCUUUGGCUGUAGUUUCCUUCCUCUUCAUCACGUGUUUAGUGGUUAUUAUAUCAGUUAAAAUCUACAGAUGGAGACAGUCUCGCGUCCUGUAUCACUCCAAUCUCCCUGUGAUUCCAUAUUAUCCUCCACGUUACUCAGACACUUUGGGGACAGGGACUCUCCAACACGUGUACAAUUACGAGGUGUGCAGGACGACUGACUCCAGAAAGAGUGACUGUAAGUUCGGCAGAGCUGGUAGUCAGAACGUGCUGAUAAUGGACCCCAGUUCUACAGGGACGAUGCAGCGGAUACAGAGUGAAAAGAGCAUCCUGGAUGAACCAGACUCUCCUCUAGAGGUUAGUUAA